AUUUAAUAAAAAAAUCCGAGAAUUGGCGAAACGACGUCGGAAGAGACUAAACAAAAACCCUCCAAAAACAUCUUCCUUCAUCGUGCAACCAUUGAGUUUUCGAUCUCUGUGUGAUCUAUCCCCCCUCUUCGACACCUGCAAAAGUUGAUCGAAACCCUACCCAUCUAGAGUCACCGAUCUCGGAAAACCUUGAAUUUCUACAAUGAGGACGAAAAAUGCUUCUGUGUCUUACUCCAAGAAUGGAAACGAUGAGUAUCAUGCGGAAGAGACGAUGAUAGAGCAUAGCAGAAGUCCAAAGGCCACACAAGGAACAUUCAAGGAUCCGGCGAUCAAGACGAAGGUAAAUGUAAAGGACUUUCCACAUAUGAAGCUGAUUGUGAAGUCUUCACUGCAAGUCUUCCAAAAAUUGAUGAAAGAAAAGUUAUGCGAUCAUAUGGAAAUCCUAGAAGUGUUUAGGAGAGAUUCUCCUUUUGGUGCUUUCCUUGAUGUCCAUGUUAUGGCAGUUGAUGCAUCCGGAUACGAAGAGAAGUAUGAUAAGGAUUCACUGCGUGUUUUCGUUGAAGAAAACUGGUCAAAAAGUGUGGUAUGUUACACCUCUAUUGUCGAGAGAUUCUCAAAAUUGUGCUGGCUACUUGACGAGGAAGGGAAGAAAGAGUAUGCACUCGAGUGGAUAAUGAAGGUGGCGACAUUGAUGUUUGUUGUCCUCGUUUUGAUUGGUCAUGCUAAGAAAGAUGCGUCAGUUCCAAAAUGGAUCCUUGCCAAAGUUGCAAACUCUGAUGACUCCAUGUCUUUUUCAUGGGGGACAUGGGCAUUCUUGGAGUCCCUCCGUAUCCAAUCUUUCGGGAAGGACUUAGUGUCAGAAAAGAAGAAGCUUGUUAAAGGCGGGAAAACAUCCAACACCCUCCGCUACACUGGCUUUGUCCUCCCCUUAUCCAGUGUAAGGAGCAUUCUUCUUCCAGAGGGAAGUGAAAUACGUGCUUCUUGGAUCACCAGUCUGACCUCCUUGCCUUGUGUUUCCAAUCCAACUCUUGGAGAAUUUCAGAUCAACGCCACCUCUGCUCAGGUGCAAGCCACAGCUAAAGGUACCAGCAUCCCCAUGGCUGUUACCAUGCCGACUGUUUCUGCUCCGGUUUUGCCGUUGGGACCAAGCUCGGUCCCAACACCCAGCAUGGUAAGCCCAUUCACGGCCCCCGUCCCUUCCGCUGGACCGAGGGUCACUUUCCCACCAAGCAUGACUCAGUUCAUGAAUGACCCAGCCAACCUGCAGGCCAUCCAAGGCUUUGGUCAGGUCAUGGCUAUGUGCCAACAGAAUGGGGGGAUGCCUUUCCUCCCUGGUAUGUUUCCGUUCGCUCUUUCAGGCGCAGGAACCAUGCCCCUACAAGCUCGAAUGGCAGUGUCUCCCUUCCAAACGCCAGUUCCGCAACCAUCACCUUUCCAGCCACAGCUAGUCAGCGCUGUGGCCCCCAUCAACUUGGCAGGUGCGCUUAACGCCGCGGGGCCGUCGCGUCCCCUGCCAGGUGAGGUGAGGGAGGCCGAGCCUGCCCGCACCCAACACUCCUGGUCAAACCGGCAGGAGCCAGCCAGGACGAGGGCCUCUCGCCAGGAGGAGGAGGCAGAAAGCCAACCCAGGGUACCGGUGGCUAACCGGUUAAACAUCCCCAAUGAUCGCGUCCAGCAGAUGGAGGCAAAAUUGGAAAGACUGGAGAAGAAGGUCGGGGAGAAGAAUGACCGGGACAAGCCCCUCGCAGGGUCCCCGUUCACCACAAGGGUCCAUCUGACACCUUUCCCGCGAAAGGUCAAGAUAGACGCCCCAAGAUUCACCGGGAAGGAAGAUCCAGAAAUUCACCUGGACUCCUUCAAUCAGAGUGCAACCAUGAACGGUUGUACAGACGAAGAAAAGUGCCUCCUUUUCUUCCAAACUUUGCGAAAUCGAGCUACUGAAUGGUUCAACAAGCUUCGCCCAGAAAGCAUUGACUCAUUCAGUGACUUGGCCUCAAAGUUCAAGGCCAAGAGUUCUGCCGGAAACCCCCGGCCACGUACCAAGAGGCCUAUCACACUGCAUGGGAGUUUGCUGAGGCUGAAACUCAACUCCGGGCGAAGAAGGAAGCCGAACAUGGGUUCAAGCCCAAGCCGGUGNUUCAAGGCCAAGUUCCAGGAGAACUGUACUAAGAGGAAGAAGUUCACUUAUCUUAGUACAGCCGGGCAGAGGGAAUCCGAGAACCUUACCCAAUUCCUUACCCGGUGGAAGGAAGAGGUAGACAAGGUGGAAGAGAUGGAUGACAAAACCGUCUUAUCUCUCCUCUUGAGUGGCUUACGUGCCGGGGAACUAUACAAGGAGUUCUGCCGGAAACCCCCGGCCACGUACCAAGAGGCCUAUCACACUGCAUGGGAGUUUGCUGAGGCUGAAACUCAACUCCGGGCGAAGAAGGAAGCCGAACAUGGGUUCAAGCCCAAGCCGGUGCAGGUCAAAAAAGAAGAAGCGCCCGUAACCAGCCAGCCAAUGCACCAUUAUGACCCGGUCGUCCGCGUGGUCAACACAGAAGAGUGCCAGGAGGUAAGGAAAGCACCGGCUCCCUACCCGGUCAUUCCUCCGGAAAAUCCUACUGGUCAAACUGGACGGCAAUGGUCGGGCACGUAUUGUUCGUACCAUCGGUCAGAUUCCCAUAACACUUCCGAGUGCAAGAGUGUUAAGGGAGUCAUCCGGCAAAUGAUAGACAGCGGAGAACUGGGCAAAGAUUAUUUGCAGAAAGCCCAGGAGAAGAGUCAUCAAUGGGUUAGGCCAGCUAUCCCGGAGGAUGACCGGGACAACGACCGACGGAGGAAUAACCGGCCGAAGGAGCGGCAACCUGCCCCUGAAAAGGAACACAUCGGCAUGAUCUUCGGCGGACCUGAGGGUGGAGACUCAGCCGCGCAACGGAAGAAUUGGGUUCGCAGCAUUUACGUUGGUGAGGUAAGCGCUGAACCGCCCAGGCGUAAACAUACUAGGAGGGAGCCGAUCGUCUUCACUGACCGGGAUCUCCCUCCUACCGGUGAAGAUCACAAUGAUCCAUUGGUCAUCACCAUGGACAUUAAUGGGGUGGAUGUCGCCCGAGUACUUGUUGACACCGGCAGCAGUGUCAACAUCUUAUACCUGGAGACUUUCCAAAAACUCAGGUUGUGUCGGACACAACUUGAGCCCCUCAAAACCCCUCUAUCAGGUUUCACGGGAGAUACAGUGGAGGCUGAAGGGUCCAUAGUCCUACUGGUCGAACUAGGAUCGGGCGAAAAAACCGUAUGGAAGAAGAUGCGGUUCAUAGUUGUGGACAUCAAAUGCGUCCACAACGCAAUCCUUGGAAGGCCGGGUAUCAAUAAGGUCGGGGCGGUAAUUUCCAUGCCUCACCUGUGCAUGAAGUUCCACACUCCAGGUGGUGUGGGUGAGGUGAAAGGCGACCAGAGGAACGCCUGGGAGUGCUAUGCCCGGGCAGUCAAGAAGAUGACCAGGGGGGUCAAUGUCAUCUCCCAAGAGAUCACAAAGGGAGAGACCUGGGAGAAAUUGGAGCCCGAGGCCGAGACGGUGGAAAUCGAACUUCACCCGGGUGAUUCUUCGAGGAUGGUCAGAAUUGGAGCGAAUCUCCCCGAAGAUCUCAAGGCAGAGAUUACACGGGUCCUCCAAGAGUACGCGGGCAUAUUCGCAUGGAGCGUGGCGGAUAUGCCCGGAAUAGACUGCUCUGUUAUCUGCCACCGGUUGGCCGUGAGGGAAGGAAGUCGACCGGUACGUCAGAAGAAGCGGUACCUGGCCAGUGACCGGCGAGACUUCGUCAAGAAGGAAGUGAAGGACCUCCUUAGUGUUGACCUACCAGUCAACAAACCUGCCGAACAAUGGUGGGAGAUGGCAGUAGAUGGGGCAUCUGGCCCUAAGGGGUACGGGGGUGGUGUAGUGUUUACCACCCCAGAGGGUUUCAAGAUCUACCAUGCAAUCGUUUUCAACUUCAAGCUGACGAACAAUGAAGCAGAAUAUGAAGCUCUAGCUGAAGGGCUCAGACUUGCCCAAGCCCUGAAGAUCAACCAGGUCAGUAUCAAAUCUGACUCCAGUCUGAUUGUUGGGCAAGUAACCGGCAACAUGGAAGCCAGAGAAGGACGAAUGGCGCAAUACAAGGACCUGGUACUUGCCUUGUUGAAAAGCUUCGAGGAAUUCAAGAUCGCCCAAAUCCCCCGGGCGGAAAACGCAGAUGCAGACCUUCUCUCCAAAUUGACGCAAUAUGCUCCCGAGCAUGUUUCAAAACUUGCCCGGGUGGAAAUCCUGGACCGUGCCAGCAUCGAAAAAUUGGAAGUCGCCGCCAUAACAGCAGCAGGCCAAUCUGACCGGUCAAACCUGAUCGGGGCAGAUGACGACUGGAUGUAUGACCUGAUGGAAUACCUUAUGGACGGAACCUUGCCAGAACAAGAAGACCGGGCAAGAAAGGUGAAGCUCAGGGCACCCCGGUUCCAAGUCCUUGAUGGGAAGCUGUACAAAAGGGCAUUUGGGGGGCCACCCCUGAGGUGCCUAACCAACCGGGAAGCUGAGCGAGUCAUUGCAGAAGUUCAUGAAGGGGUAUGCGCGGCACACCAAAUGUCCCGUACCCUUUCCCAGCGCAUCAUCUUGUUGGGGUAUUACUGGCCAACAAUUGUCCAGGAUUGCAAGAGGUACGUCUAGAAGUGCAGAACAUGCCAAGAUCAAAUCAAGAACACUCACAGAAAUCCGAUGAAGAAGGUGAAGAAAAAACGAGAGAGUAAAAGUAGAGAGAAAGUGAAACACGUGAAAUAACGUGGUAACACCCCGUGAGUAAACUUCCACGGCGGCUAGAUGUGUUUAUUGAUGAUUUCAGGCAGAUACAAUUACAGAGAAUUUGACUCUUGCCUCUCUACAAAAAUUAGCUACAAAGGAGAAUAUAUAUAGGCAUUACAA